GAUCAACUUUUGACAGUUAAAAGUCUUUCAGCCAAGUUGGGCCCAUUAGAAAAUUCUCUUCGACGUAUUGAGGAGCUUGAUGUGCAAUGCAAAGAGGCAAAUGUUGAAGAAAACGAUUAUACGGUUUUCUCUAUUGAUGAUUUAAAAUUUGAAUUGGGACUUAUGGUAGCAAGGAAUAUGACAAACCUUACACCAGCUCAAUUAGAGGAAUUUGAAGGUACGUUCCGUCAUUUUGAUACCGAUUCGUCGAAUACGUUAAAUCCAUACGAAUUCAAGGCUGCUCUGGCUAGUUUGGGAAUAGUUUAUGAUGAUACGGAGUUGAAUACAGCAUUUAACCAAAUGUGUGAAGGGCAGUCUGAAGCUUCUUUUGAACAGUUUAUCCGUUAUAUGGUUAGUGUUACAGAAGACAAGACUUCACCCGACCAACUUCGACAAUCAUUUAAAGUUGUAGCUGGGGACAAACCCUUUGUAACAGAACUUGAUCUAAGAAGAUCAUUAUUACCAGAAAAUGUUUUAUCUUAUUUAAAAGAAGCUAUGCCACCACUGGAAAGUGGAUAUGACUAUUCUAAAUAUUUGGAUCAAGUGUUUCAACAGUAA